UUUCACUAAAGGGUAAUUUCCCACUAGGUAAAAUCACUUUUCGAAAUAGUCUUUGCAUUGGAUAAGUGUAUAGCCAGAUUGACAUAGAACCUUUCAGGGAAUUACACUGACACAAGUUGCUAGACUUCAAAACAGAAAUGUGAUGAUACUGCAAUAAAGCACAUGUAUCACUAGUCUGAUACUGCGACAAACUGGUCGAAGAAGCAGCAAAGACAGGACUCCAGGUGAACAUAGACAAGACGGAGGUUAUGAAAAUAACCAACCAACAACAACAACACAGCAGCAGCAACAUCCAGCGCCAAUCACCCUCAACGGGAUGGAUUUGAAAGAGGUUACUUCAUUCACUUAUCUAGCGAGCAUUGUCUCAACUACAGGAGGAACGGACGAGGAUGUCAGAUUGAGAAUCGGGAAGGCGAGAAACACAUUCAUCAACCUGAAACCAAUCUGGAAGUCUUCGUCACUCAGCCUGCAUCAACAACAAAAUUCGGAUUUUCAAUACAAACGUCAAGUCAGUCAGUUCUUCUUUACGGAUCAGAAACUUGGCCAGUGUGUCACAAAGAAUAUUUCCAACAGCCUGUUGCAGACCUUUAUCAACAACUGUCUUCUUUCUAUACUGAAGAUCAGAUGGCCGGAAAGAAUCACCAACAAGAAACUAUGGGAAAAAACAAAACAAGAACCAAUCGCUAAACAAAUAUGCAGGAGAAAGUGGAGAUGGAUUAGACACUCGCUGAGGAGGCCGCUGGGUGACAUCGCGCGUCAGGCCAGUGCUCGAGUGGAACCCGAAAGGGAAGCGGCGAGUGGGACGUCCAAGGGUGACAUGGAAGAGAUCGUGUGCAGAGGAGCUGAAACAGUAUCGACUUACAUGGAUGCAGGUGAAAAGUACAGCAGAAGACAGAAAGAAGUAGGAGACUUGCAGUUGAAACCCUAUGUUCCACUAGGAACCCAAGGGAGCAUUAAUAAUAAUAAUAAUCACUAGUC